AUGUCGUCAAAUCGCAAAAGACGGACCAACGCAUCAGAGACCGAGUCAACCCCAAGCGCGCGUCGGCGCAGAAGACAAAGCGAAGAAUCCGACUCAUCCGCACCAGACAGCGACGAUGACGGAUCAAGCGCACCAACGAGCACCGAUGCAAUGGUCAAGAAAAUGGUACGGCUCGCCAUAGCAAGCGAGUACUCGCGGCUUCCGAUCCGACGCAACGACAUCAGCGCCAAAGUGCUGGGCGAGCAGGGCUCACGGCAGUUCCAAAGUGUUUUUCAGCAGGCGCAGCAGCAACUGAAACAGCGGUUUGGUAUGCAAAUGACGGAGUUACCGGCGCGAGAAAAGAUCACCGUCACCCAACGAAGAGCCGCGCAAAAAACUGAAAAACCUUCCUCGGCUAAUAAGUCCUGGAUCGUUACGACCACCUUGCCGCUCCCAUACCGUUCCCCGGAUAUUCUCAUUCCAACGAAGGCACCCUCUCUCUACACCGAAAGCACAUAUACAGGCCUGUACAGCUUCAUAAUAGCGUUGAUUGUGCUGAACGGCGGUACCCUGGCUGAGCAGAAACUUGACCGGUACCUAACGCGCACAAACGCCGAGGUUGCUACGCCGGUCGACCGCACGGAUAAACUGCUACAGCGGCUAUGUAAGGAAGGUUACAUUAUCAGGACGCGGGAGAUGGAUGGUGGUGAAGAGGUCAUCGAGUAUGUUCUUGGGCCGCGGGGUAAAAUUGAGGUUGGGACUGGUGGUGUGGCGGGUCUUGUGCGAACUGUUUAUGGGAAAAAUCAGGAUGACCAUGAGAGCUUGACUCAACUCCAGAGGGAAGACCUCGAGGACUUCGAAGCGAAGCUUGGAAGGAGUCUUGGGAUUGAGCCGGCGACGAUACGAGCUAGUGGAGUGGAUAAUGCUAGCGAUGCGGAUGGAGAUGUUCAGGGCCAUGGGAGUGGGGAGACAAAUGAAGUGCCGCGGAGCUCGGGGCCAAGACGGUCUUCCAGGCGUGACGCUAAUCAAGAAGAGGAGGAAGAUUCUGACUCUGAGGAGUAUGAGGAAGAGUGA